AUGAGCGAUGAGCGUUGGAGAAAUACAGCUUCUGCCGGAUCAUCCUCCACCCCCAUAUUCCCCGAAGUAGCGAGCGAGCUUACGAGGCCUCAACUCGAAUCUCGAUCCGGUUCAUGCGCCAACUCCAACACUGCCUCAAUCUCCAUUAACGCAAUGGAUACACUAAAUGGAAGACCUUCACCUCCGCCCACCCAUCAAUCGAGCCUUUCCAAAAUCACACCAAACGGUACCAUAAGACCAGUGCCGUCAGAUUCUCUACACCUCGACACUGCCCCCUCAGACGAUUCUUCGCGGCGCAGUAGCAAAAGCGACCAUUCAACAAUGCCUCAUUCUACCAAAUCCUCUCCUCCAUCAUCAGUACCCCCCUCACAACCUCCACUCUCACGGCUCAAUCCGAAUACAAGCCUGGCUGUUGGUGUUGGGAAUGGUCUGGCGACGAAGAUAUCCUCGGAAUUUGGGCCUACGAAAUCGUAUUCGAACACAAAACUUCAAGUACCGGAAGAGGCUUCGCCAAGCAAAAACGGUGAAUCCGGGGGUCAAUGGAGCUCUGCUGUUGGGCGGGCUCAAACGGGGAAAUCGGGCAGGGUCAUCGAGCGGCUUAUGGGAGAGAACGAUAUGCUCAAACGGGAUCUCAACAUUGAACGGCUAAGGGCGGAAGAAUCGAAACAAGCGGUCCGGAUGGCAGAGGGAAGGAUGGAAGCCCUGGCCGCCGAAUACGAUGGCAAAUUGCACGAUGCUGCUAUCAACAAGACGCUGCUCAAGCGCAGAGAAAGGCAGGUCGCUGAGAUGAAGGCGCAGAUUGAAACGGAAAAGAACCGGGCAGAGAAGGCUUUGGAGCGCGAAACGAGCUGGAAGGAAGCCAUGGAGAAGGUCGAGGAGGAGAGCAAGCGGAAAGUGGAAGAGGCGCAAACUUUUGCGGCACUGAUGAAGGGGCGCAAUGAAGCCAUGGUCAGCCACUGGAGGGACCAGGGUAAGGAAGUAGACAGGACGGUCAAGAAGCUUGGGGUGCAGAUCGAGCACCUGGUGCUGGAAAGGAGGAGUGACGACGAACGAAUGAACACGCUACAAAAGCUAUGCGACCAACAAGAAUUACAACUACUGGCUCUCAAAAACGAGAAGGCCGGGAUUGAAGAAGCCUUUGAGAAGUACAAGCUUCUGCAAGAAGAAUCUCUACGCGACAUCAAGAAUCGAGCCCAUGCUCAAGAGACAGCCAACGAAGCGGCACUGCAGGAAACUCAGAAAGUAUUAGGGGAGCUAAAGUGGGCACUAUCGGUGAAGAAGAACGUCAAGGACGCGCAAUAG